CCGUGCAUCGAAGAGCUCCCAGAAUGUAACCUGCAGGCUCGCAGGGCAUGAAGGCGUUCGCUGGUAGCUUCCAGCCAUGGAUCCCUCAAUGCAGAUCAUUUUGCAUAUGCGAGGUAGCUGCCUCCAAAGACAACGGAGUCUUUGAAAUGCUGUGUUCAACCCUCAGUGCGAUUGCCAACAUAGCUGUGAAGAAAAGUUAUAUAAACCCCGGGUAGGUAACCACCGUCUCGAGCUUUUCUCCUCUUCUCUCCAUCAGAAAACACAGCUCCAGGAAGAACAAAGACAAGUCGCAAUCAAUCUACCUCUACCAACCCAACCUUUACAAACAAACCUACUUCUCGAACAAACCCAAGUUCAAACCAGUCCACCAACCAUUAUGAAGUUCACUAUCCCAGCUACUCUCGGCCUCAUGGCUUCUCUCUCCUCUGCUGCUGCCAUCAGCGGCACCGUUUCCCUCUCCUACGACCCAAAGUACGACAAUGCCGGUCUCAGUCUUACUCAGGUAACCUGCUCUGAUGGCACCAACGGCCUCAUCACUAAGGGUUUCACCACCGCCGGUUCUCUCCCCAACUUCCCCAACAUUGGUGGCUCCUUCGCCGUUGAGGGAUACAACAGCGUCAACUGCGGCAAGUGCUUCAAGGUCACUUGGCCUGUCCUCAACAAAUCUAUCUUCGUUACCUCCGUCGACAAGGCCGAUGGCUUCAACGUCGCCAAGGCUGCCAUGGACACUCUUACCAACAACCAGGCCGCACACCUUGGGAGAAUCGACGUCACCUACGAGGAUGCUCUGCCAACCGACUGUGGAUUCAGGGCUUAGAAGCUUAGCAGCCGAUGUGUCUCUGUUGUGAAAGAAUAUGUUUACCGAUGAUGAAGGCUAGAAGGCCUCCGGGAUAAUGUCACUCCUUAAUAAUAUUAAAUACCUGAUUAUGUUAUAGACUAGACUUAUUCAACGCUCCUUGACCAACUUUUAUCUCUUUCUUCAGUCUUUAUUGUAGAUGUCUUUUAGUCUAACUUCUAGAAAAGCAACAUGCUAAUGGUGUCAACUGCGGAGUAUAGCAAUUGCUAGCUUUGAAACUAAAAUAAAGCCACCAUAUAGUUAACGCUAUUUCCCGCUCUCUUUUGGUUUGGAAACAUCUGACCAUAUUAUUCAACAGGAUUGCUGAUAGCGUAAUGCAUCCCAAUCCCGGGUUAUUAC